AUGUUUCGGGAGAUCCUUGCCCUCGGGCCAGCCUACCUGAGCCUGCUUGUCUUUCUCGUCAUUUUCUCCUACUAUGUCCUGAGGACAGCCUACGUCGACUACCAGAUCAGGAAGCUCGGGGCUGUCAGGUCACCCGUCCUGGCCACGAACCCGCUUAUAGGACUUCCCUUCUUCAUCGAUGCUGCCAUCAAACAGGGCCAGAAUAAGCUGCUGGAAUUCUACGAUGGGCUGUACAAGUCGUCACCCCCGGGGUGCCCCAACUGCGUCGAGAUAUCCAUCUCGGCACAGCAUCGGUUCAUCAUGACCAGAGACCCCGAUCAUGUCAAGACCAUACUGACGACCAAGUUCUCGGACUUUGGAAAGGGGGAGCGGUUCCACGACACGUGGAGCCCGUUCCUGGGUGACAGCAUCUUCACCACCGAUGGCCAGUUGUGGUCAGACAGCCGCGGCCUCAUUCGCCCAAUGUUCAUCAAGGAGAAGGUCCGGGACAUUGAAAUCUUCGAGAGGUGGACGCAGACCUUGAUUUCCAAGAUACCCUCCUCGGGGGAGACGGUUGACAUUUGUGACUUGUUCUAUCGAAUGACCCUUGAUGUUACAACCGAUUUUCUGCUCGGGACCAGCGUGAACAGUCUGAACAACCCUAAGCACGAGUUUGUUGAAGCGUUUACCGAAGUCCAGCGGGUCCAGAUGAUGCUCACAAUUCUCGCCCCGUUCCGAUGGCUGGUUCCCAAGCGGCGGUACAAUAAGGGCAUUCGGGUGCUUGAGAGGUUCAUGAAGCCCUACAUCGAGCAGGCACUGGCACUCCCACCAUCCGAACUCGACAAGCUCUCCAAGUCGGACAAGAGCGCUACAUUCCUGCACAGCAUUGCCCGCUACUCGAGGAACCCAAAGGUCCUCCGCGACCAGAUCAUGGCUAUCCUGCUGGCCGGCCGUGACACGACAGCCGCAACACUAUCAUGGACCAUCUAUGAGCUUGCGCACUACCCGGCCAUAUAUACCAAGCUACGCAACGAGAUUCUCUCGACUGUUGGAGAAAACAGAGCACCGACAUACGAGGACCUGAAAAACAUGACCUACCUGACGCACACACUCAACGAGACCUUGCGACUCUACCCAGCUGUGCCGUAUAACCUGCGCGCGGCUCUCGAGGACACGACCCUACCAGGACAGCCAGGCCAGCCCGACAUUGCUGUGCUGAAGAAAGACAUCGUGAUUUACAGCACCCUGUCGAUGCAACGCCGUGCAGACCUCUAUCCGCCGCAGAGUGAGAAAUUCGCCGACCCGGUCGUGUUCAGUCCCGAUAGGUGGGACCACUGGACGCCAAAGGCCUGGCAAUAUGUCCCCUUUAAUGGUGGGCCGCGGAUCUGCGUAGGCCAAAACUUUGCUAUGACCGAGAUGGCUUUCGCUUUGGUGCGAAUUCUACAGAAAUACGAUCGCGUUGAGUACCGGGGCGACUGGUAUGCGCAGUAUCACAAGGCGGAGAUCGUGGGCUGUCCGGGAGAAGGGGUCCCGGUGGCAUUUCACGAAGCUCAGAAGGGCGAUAUGGCUUGA